UUGAUUUGAACCCUUGGAAUACAAAAAAAUAUUUUAUAUCCAUCAGUUUAGAACAACAAUUUCAAGCCAAUACAUUGAGUAUUGAUCGACAAUUUCCUGGUUUUGAAUCAAUCGAUAAUGUUAAAAUUCGUCGCCGAUUGUUUAGUUUUCAUCAACGAAAUGCAUUUGUCUUGGAUUCUUUGAAUUCUUUGUCAACAAAACAAAAUGAAUCUAGCAAUAGGAUUCAAAAUCAUGAUUUAAUGAUUACCCGGACUUCAAGUUUCAACACCAUUGACAAUAAUAAUAAUAAUAAAAAUCAAGAUAAAUUGCUGACGGAAAAUUUUAAUGAUAAUAACAGUGAAAAGCUACGGCAGCAUCCGAACAAUGUUAAAACAAUUCCAUUUCAAAGACAGACAUCAUUCGACGAUGAUGAUGAUAAAAUUAAAGAUUGUUUUCAUCAGCAUCUCGAAAAUUCUAUACAAAUACCGAUAAAAGAACCAUUAAUUCAUCAUAUUCCAAAUCAUCAAGUUCAUCAUCGAUCUCAUUCAUUAUAUCAACAUCAACAACAACAGCAAAAACGCAAUAAUCCUUUUGACAAUAAUCAUUACAAUGACAAUAGCAUCAAUUACCUCGAAAAUGAUGAAUCUUUAAAUCCUGAUCGUUUGAAUAAAUUAUCUAACAAAAGCGUAAAUAGCCUUAAGCAUGAAAAUGAUUCUUAUCAUUCAUUUAUUGAUAAAGAUAUUCAAAAUUUUAUUAUAAAAUCAAGCAAUGAAAAUAUUGUAAAAGAAGUGAAACACAAUAUCCUUGAUUGGUAUGGUUAUGAAAAAAAACACUUUAAUUUCUAUUAUAAAAAAAUUAUUGUUAAUGAAAAUGAUUGUAUUGUUCGAAUCCUUUCUAGACCCCAAAGGCAACCGACAUCAAAACAAACACUCAAGUUGAUAAUGAUUGGCGAUUCUACUGUAGGUAAAACAUCACUUAUAAAUCGCAUUCGUACCGGAAUAUUUCAAUCUGAUCCAUGUCCAACCAUUGGUAUUGAUUUUCAGACAGUACAAGCUAAAGUAGAUAAUGAAUAUUAUGAUCUUCAGCUAUGGGAUACAGCUGGUCAAGAGCGUUAUCAUUCAAUAACAAGAAAUUAUUAUCGUCAUGUUCAUGCUAUUUGUAUGGUAUUUGACGUUUCAAAAGAGCAAACUUUCCUCAACGUCCGAAAUUGGCUGACAUCAAUCGAAGAUACUGUUUCCAAACCGAUUCCAUUGCUUUUGAUUGGAAAUAAAUGUGAUCUUCGAUACACUAACAAUGAUGGCCAAUUUAAAUUCCUAUCUCGACAAUCGGGCCGACGUUUGGCUGAUGAAAUUGGCCCGAAUUGUGUAUUCAUAGAGACUAGUUGCAAGACUGGUUUCAAUGUUGAUAACAUAAUGAUUAUCGCCACUAAAAUGAUUAUUGCCGAACAAAAUCGAAAAAAUUACAAGAAAAUUAAUGAUGGCCUAAAGGUAGCGAAUAAAUCGAAUUAUACCAAAAAUUGCUGUUAAUGUGAUAAAUAAAAUCCUAUGUGCUAUCAUAAUAACCACUCAAUUAUAUAGAU